AUGGACACACCCCCACGACCUCCUUCAAACCCUAAACCCACAUUUUCAACUUCAAACCCUAAUCCACAGAUAAGCGUGGGCCGAAAUACUCCAACCCUUCCUACAUUUCCUGCUAACCGGGAUCCUCUAUCCACCCUUCCUCCACUGAAAUCCCCUGAACCCUCAUCAAGUAUUAGCCCCUUACACUACCCAGACACUAUUUCCUCAAAUAUCCAUAAACCUGCUCCAGUUAUUAACCUUCAAUCUGAUACUCCCUUGGCUGAAUUUGUAACCCAGGCGUGUUUGGUGGCCGCUGGAGCGAAAGUACGGUUGGGACGCAAUGGAUUCCAUUCUCUAAUGGGACAAACAGAGGAGUGGAGCCUGGAAAAGGAAUCUUCGCACUCACGACCUAUUACAGAGACGAGCGUCAAGGGGCACGGAGAUUCACCGAGUACAAUUGACAUCACAUGUGGUAGUGUAGUGUUGGAAUCCAUUGUCAGGGAGUUGCAGGAAGGAUGCUCUCCUUUCUGUCAUCUCCUUCGUGGGCGGAGGGACAGUGCCUCCUUGGAACAACAUACGGUUACUGAACCCUCAAUGGUGGUUCAAUCUUUGGUUUGCCCCGAUGUCCCAAGCCUAGCUGUGACUGAAGCCCCGCAUCCAAGUGAAAAUGUUUCUUCUGGAAGGCCUCCUACUCCCUCAGUGUCCAUUCAGAUUGAAAGAAUUUUAGAUAGUUGCAUGGCUAGAGUGUUUCAAAGACUCUCACUAAAGAGGCAGCUUCAUGAGGAGAAGAUGGAAGGGCGCCCUAUGAAAGUCACUAGGCGUGAUGAUGGUUUGCUUAUGGUAUCCACAAGUAACUUGAACAGGGACUCAUCAGAAUUGGGGGGUCCAAGUCAGGCAUUGGAGUGCCCAAGCCAAGCUGCUCCUGACACCCAUGCUACAGCUGUUAAGACAGUUGCAGAGUCUGAGGAGAAGGUGAUUCGAGCCACUUCUGGCAGCAGAAGGGUUAGGAAGUUUGUCAGUAAGCAUGCAAUUCAAAAGCAGCUAACAACAGGGGAUGUUCAACUCCAUGAAGUUAGCAUCCAGUGGAUAGAGGACCAGACAGAGAUGGCUGAGGAGGCGAGCCUUACCAUGUCCCCCCACCCUCUCCAUGAAGAUUAUUGCAUGGAACUGUCAAGGAUUGGGGAGUUCCUUGACAGUUCUAGCUCUACAGGACCUUUGUGUCCACCAAAAACCCAAUAUUCUUUGCCUUAG